AUGCAUCUGAUACACCACCUCUUUCUAUUCCUCCUUCAGCUCAUUUCUUACUUCGUUGAGAAUGUCUACGCAAACCCAUUAGCCGUCCCAGGAGACCCGAACAAACCUCGAGGACAGCAUCUCCUCGCUUCACUCCAUGACCACGCCUCGGAUACCUCUACCGAUGGAGAAGUUCAUACCGGCACAUCACCAGCCCGGCAAGGCAGCGGUGUCUCGCUCCCCUUCUUUGCCUCACUCGAACGCAUGGCUCGCCUAGUCGACAUUACCUACUGCGUCGGCACAACCGGCGUAUCGAAGCCCUUCUCAUGCGUAUCCCGCUGCAAAGAUUUCCCUUCACUACGACUCGAGCGGACCUGGAACACAGGCUUGCUCCUCAGCGACAGCUGUGGGUACAUUGCCGUCGACCACGGCGAGAGGAGGCGAGACGAGCGGACCGGGCGGGGAGUGGUGGUCAGCGAGCCGGCUAUCAUCGUGGCGUUUAGGGGAACUUAUAGUAUUACUAACACAAUUGUUGAUUUGAGUACGGUGCCGCAGGAGUAUGUGCCGUAUCCGGCGCCGGACGAUGAUGAUGAGGAUGAGAAUGCAGUUAAGGGGAGAAACGACAACGAGAACAAUUGCACAAACUGCACAGUCCACAUGGGUUUCCUCGCGUCCUGGCGCUCCGCGCGCGACUACGUCUUACCGGCCCUCAAAGCCGCCCGCGCCAAACACCCUAAAUACCCAGUCCAUCUGGUCGGACACAGCCUCGGGGGCGCCGUCGCCGCUCUCGCCGCGCUGGAAAUUCGGCUCUCGCUAGGCUGGCACGACGUCCAGGUGACGACCUUUGGCGAACCGCGUAUCGGCAACCAAGCACUGGUGGAUUACCUGGACAAGGCCUUUGGUCUUGAUAAUGAAGACAACGAGGUCAAGGACGAGGGCGAGAACAGAGCCUACUGCCGCGUAACCCACGUCAACGACCCCGUCCCCCUUCUCCCCCUGACGGAAUGGGGAUACCGCUCGCACGCAGGCGAGGUACACAUCUCCAAGUCUGACCUGCCGCCUGCCCCUGAAGACGUGCGGUUGUGUCAGGGUGAUAACGACCCGGAGUGCGUGGCGGGGGCUGAGAAGUCGGAUGGCGGCGGAUGGUUUGAUGGGAGUAUGUUGCAGGUGGCUGACGUGCCGGCGCUGACAGCGGCGACGAAGGGGGUUGAUCGUGGUUUCUAUUAUCGAGAUCCUGUUGCUGUUGGUGUUGUUGAUGGCGACGGUGAUAAUGGCGAAGAAGACAAUGGUGACGCUGAUGCUGGGAAUGACGAUGUUGAUGUCGAGGGUGAGCCACCCACGACCGCAAAAGCUCCCACAAUCAGGACAAAGAGGAUGUUUCCCACCAGAUCAAGCUCUGGCAACUCUUUUUUUGCGCAAGGGAUUACUUUUGGCGGCUAG